UGAAAUCUCCAGUUUAUAACUCAUCUCCCCACUUUCACUUUGUGUACCGGAACCGGAACCCAUUUGUUGAGAACAAUGUCGAAGCUUUGCUGCUUAAGCAUCCUAUUCCAAACACCCCUCGCCUCCGCGGCCGCUUCGCUUCAGCUUCUCCCUCCACUGCCGUUAAAGCCUCCGUUGCGGCUCCCAUGGAGAACCCCUUUUCUGCUCAUGUUGUUGUUACUGUCAAACGACAUGUCGGCAGGUUGCUGCUUCCCAACCUUGGCCUCAAACGAUGGCUUUACGAUGUUACUGAUUAUUUGUGGGGCACCAAAACACUUGUCUUCGAGCUUCUCAGUACUGAGAUGGAUCCCACCACAGGAUUGGAGAAGGGAACAAUAAAAGGCUAUGCCCAGAAAGUAGGCAGAGAGGAGGAGGAUGGGGAAAUUACGUACGAGACGGAGUUAGUAAAUAUUCCAGCAGAGUUUGGUGCAAUUGGAGCGGUUUUGGUUGAGAAUCAGUAUAACACAGAGCUGUUCCUCAAGGAUAUUGUCAUCCAUGGCGUUCCCUAUGGCCCUCUUCGCUUCUCAUGUAAUUCUUGGCUCAGUCCCAAGUCUCACAGCCAUGAUAGGAGAAUCUUCUUCACCACUAAGUCAUACUUGCCAUCAAAUACACCAGAGGGGCUAAAGAGGUUUAGAGAAGAAGACCUCAAAAUUUUGCAAGGCAACGGACAUGGAAAACGAGAGUCUCACCAUAGGAUAUAUGAUUAUGAUGUUUACAACGAUCUUGGCGAUCCCGACAGAGGCGACGAAUUUAAAAGACCAAUUCUUGGCGGUAAGCAACAUCCUUACCCUCGACGUUGUAGAACUGGACGUGCACGUUCUCAAGCAGAUCCAUUAUCGGAGGUAACGAGUUCAAACUUUUAUGUGCCUCGAGACGAGGCAUUCAUAGAUACAAAACAGGUUACAACCCCGGCAGUAAAGACAGUUUAUUCAAUGUUACAUGGCUUCAUACCAGCUUUGGAGGCGAUAGCCCAAGACAUAGAGUCGCGUUUCACAAAUAGGGUUAUGUUGUUGCCUUCUUCUAAAUACACGUGGGAGCCGAGUGCUCUUCUUCCAAGACUUAUUGAUUUUGCUGUGGAUAAGGUUGUGCGUAUCCUGCUCUUAGGUCCUUCCCAAGCAGUCCUCGAUAGCGACAAAUUCUUUUGGUUUAAAGAUGAGGAAUUUGCUAGACAAACCCUUGCAGGUCUCAAUCCGUGUAGCAUAAGGCUUGUCACGGAAUGGCCAUUAGAGAGUAAACUUGACCCUGCCAUUUAUGGUCCAACUAAAUCAGCAAUCACCAAUGAAAUAGUUGAGCAACAAAUCAAAGGAUUCAUGACUCUCAAUGAGGCGGUGGAGCAGAAGAAGUUAUAUAUAUUAGAUUACCAUGAUCUGUUUCUACCAUAUGUAGCAAAGGUACGAAAGAUCGAAGGCAAGACAUUAUAUGGGUCAAGGACGUUAUUCUUCUUAAAUCCAGAUAACACUCUGAAGCCCCUAGCUAUUGAGCUCACUAGGCCACCAAUAGACGGCAAACAACAAUGGAAAGACGUUUUCACACCAUGUUUGAAUUCCACUGGCCUUUGGCUUUGGAGGAUUGCCAAAGCUCAUGUUCUCGCUCAUGACUCUGGCUAUCACCAACUUGUUAGCCACUGGCUUAGAACUCAUUGUUCGGUAGAACCCUACAUUAUUGCUAUGCAUCGACAAUUAAGUGCAAUGCAUCCAAUUUAUAGACUGCUGCACCCCCAUUUUCGGUACACGAUGGAGAUCAAUGCAAUUGCUCGGGAAGCUCUUACCAAUGUAGGAGGGAUCAUCGAGACCGCCUUCUCACUUGGAAAAUAUUCUAUGGAAGUUAGUUCUAUGGUCUACCAGAAGCAGUGGCAGUUCAACUUGGAAGCUUUGCCUGCGGACUUAAUUCACAGAGGAAUGGCCGUUGAGGAUCCAAAUGCAGCUCAUGGUGUAAAGCUGAGCAUUGAAGACUACCCUUUUGCGAACGAUGGGCUAAUUCUUUGGGACGCCAUUAAAGAGUGGGCAACAGAAUAUGUGAACCACUACUAUCCAGACCCAGGCGUUGUGAAGUCAGAUAAGGAACUCCAAGCAUGGUGGACAGAAAUUCGAAGCGUGGGCCACGGAGAUAAGAAAGAGGAACCAUGGUGGCCCAUCCUCAACACUCCUGAAGACCUUAUUGACGUUGUCAGCAGCAUGAUGUGGGUUACUUCUGGCCACCACGCAGCAGUUAACUUUGGACAAUAUUAUUUCGCAAGCUAUUUUCCAGCGCGACCCAGUGUUGCCAGAAUCAACGUCCCCACAGAAGAACCCAACUCGAAGCUUUGGAAGCGCUUUCUUGAAGACCCAGAACGUGUAUUUCUAGACACAUUUCCUGCACAUAUUCAGGCGACUGUGCUUUUGUCCAUUCUAAGUAUAUUGUCAACUCAUUCUCCAGAAGAGGAGUAUUUGGGAGAGGAUAUGGAACCAGCAUGGGGUGAUGACCCUGUUGUAAAGCAAGCGUUUGACAAGUUCAGUGGGAGGUUGAAAAAAUUGGAAGAUAUUAUUGAUCAGAGGAAUGCAAAUCCUAAGUUAAAGAACAGACAUGGAGCUGGAGUCGACCCUUAUCAGCUUUUGAAGCCGUAUUCGGAGCCUGGAGUGACGGCAAGAGGAGUUCCUUGCAGCGUUUCCAUUUAAAAUUAGCUUUUAAUUACAAAAUUAAUCUCAGUUCUCAACACUCACAAGCCCAUAAGUAUUGAAUUAAAUAUCAAUAUUAA